AUGCCUGAGGGGGCGCGCCGCAGUCAGAGAAGCAACUCAGCCGCCCGCCGUCCCUCCUCUCUGAGCAGUGUGUCCUCAGAGGUCUGUGGGGGUAUGUCCUCUGCAGACCGGGUCCAGUCCUGCUCCAGUCCGGGUCUGGUCUUGGCUCAGUCCUGCUCCAGUCCGGCGCUGGUCCUGGCUCAGUCCGAGGGGUCCCUAAGCUCGUCCUCUGUGUCUCUGCCUGACGUCACAAACUCUUCAUCCUCUUCUUCAUCCCUUCAACAUGGCUCGGACAUCAGCCUCGACUUGACGCCCAUUGGCACAUCUUCCGGGGUUGCCAUGGUGAUAGGACAGCCCUCGUCCAAUCAGAAGGUUGCUGGGGCGGGGCCUCGGCCAAUGACGCGUCUGGAGCGAGUGGUACUCGAGAUCGUGGAGACGGAGCAGGCGUACGUCCGAGACCUGAAGAGCAUCGUGGAGGACUAUCUGGGGUGUAUCGUGGAGUGGGAGGAGGCUCCUCUGAAGCCGGAGCAGGUCAGCGCUCUGUUCUGUAACAUCGAAGACAUCUACGAGUUCAACAGUGAUCUUCUGGAGGACCUGGAGCGAUGCCCGGACGCUGCAUCCAUUGCCGAGUGUUUCGUCGACAGAAGCGAAGCCUUCGACAUCUACACCCUGUACUGCAUGAACUACCCCAACUCUGUUGCAGUACUCUCAGACCUGGUCCAGGACUCGUCGCUCCUCAGGUUCUUUCAGCAGAUACAGUUCAGUCUGAAUCACUCUCUUCCUCUGGAGACGUAUUUACUGAAGCCAGUACAACGAAUACUGAAGUAUCACCUACUGCUGCAGGCGCUAAUGCUAAUGCUAACGUUGCAGGAGCUGUCCAAACACCUGUCAAAGUCGGACCCGGGUUACGAGGUGGUGGAGGAUGCCAUUGUUGCCAUGACAGCGGUUGCCUGGUACAUCAACGACAUGAAGAGGAAGCAGGAGCACGCAACCCGCUUGCAGGAGGUCCAGGCCCUGCUCCUAGACUGGACCGGUCCGGAUUUGUCUGGGUUCGGGGAGCUGGUUCUGGAGGGCAGCUUCAGGGUCCAGAGGAUGAAGAAGGAGAGAGCCAUCUUCCUCUUCGACAGGAUGCUCCUCAUCACCAAGAAACGACUCAACCACUAUGUCUACAGCACACACAUCUUUUGCUGUAACCUGCUGCUGGUGGAGACGCUGAAGGAUCCUCUGAGUUUUAAAAUCUCGGACCAGAGCAUCUGCAAACACCAGCACAUAGUCCAGACAAAGAACCAGGAGGAGAAGAAGCUGUGGGUCCAUUACCUCAAGAGGCUGAUCAUCGAGAACCACCCCACCUCCCUGCCCCAAAAGGCUCGUCAGGUUCUGGGAGAUAACUUCAGCCAAACUCCGCACUUCCACCAGGAGGUGCUGAAGUCCAGCUCUGUAACCAGACUGGACGAACUGCACAGAGGAAGGAGACAGUCAGAGCCUCAGGAGGCCCCCUGCGGCUCCUUCUCCAACAGGAAGUCCCUGCACCGCCGCAGCCGCCGCCAAUCAGCUCCAGCCAAAGACAUAGAGGCGGCGAUUCAGUCCAAACCUUUGAAGGCAGCAGAGAGUGAGGGUGAACUGUUUCAUGAGACGCUGAACUCCAGCUGCAGCACUUUGGCCUCAUCUGUGAUUGAGGUCCAGGUGAACCAGGACCUGAACCAGGACCUGAACCAGGACCUGAAUCAAGACUGGGAGCGGCCCCCCUCAGACCAGGAUCCAGAGGAGGAGCUGGUGACAUCACUGUCUAUCACUGAAGAGAUCCUGGAGCUGCUGAACCAGGUCCAGACCCAGAACCAGGUCCAGUACCAGAGCAAAGAACAGGACCAGAGCCCGAACCAGGACCAGAACCUGAACCAGGACCAGAGCCUGAACCAGGACCAGAGCCUGAACCAGAGCCAAGAAGAGGACCAGGACUGGGACUCAGAGCACCAGCACGGUCUGCAGGAGUUUCCUCAGGACCAGAACAAAGAUGGCACCUGCCCACUUCCCUCCACCGCCUCCUACUCGCCACUACCCACAAUGCACCGGGAAUCUACAAUGCACCAGGAGAUGGAAACCCUUUUAUCUGAACAAACCAGGGAGCAGACCCCAGCAGAAGAAGCAAAUCAGAGAGAAGUGACGGAGAGCUCUGAAGAGAAACAUGAGGCCGAAGAGACGUGCAAGGAGGUGCACAGACCCAGUGCGACGCGAGGAUUCCAGCGGAGAAAACGAGACAAAAACAUAAUCGAGAAAAUCCGCAGUUAUUACGAAGCAGCGGCAGAAGAAGACGAAGAGGAGGAGGAGGUCAGGACCAGCUUUGUGCCUGCAGAGGAGGUGAAGGAGGUCAGGACAAGCUAUGUGCCUGCAGAGGAGGUGAAGGAGGUCGGGACAAGCUAUGUGCCUGCAGAGGAGGUGAAGGAGGUCGGGACCAGCUGUGUGCCUGCAGAGGAGGUGAAGGAGGUCGGGACUAGCUGUGUGCCUGCAGCAGAGGAGGUGAAGGAGGUCGGGACUAGCUGUGUGCCUGCAGAGGAGGUGAAGGAGGUCGGGACUAGCUGUGUGCCUGCAGAGGAGGUGAAGGAGGUCGGGACUAGCUGUGUGCCUGCAGAGGAGGUGAAGGAGGUCGGGACUAGCUGUGUGCCUGCAGAGGAGGUGAAGGAGGUCGGGACUAGCUGUGUGCCUGCAGAGGAGGUGAAGGAGGUCGGGACAAGCUGUGUGCCUGCAGAGGAGGUGAAGGAGGUCGGGACAAGCUGUGUGCCUUCAGAGGAGGUGAAGGAGGUCGGGACCAGCUGUGUGCCCGCAGAGGAGGAGGAGGAGGAGGAGGAGGAGGAGGAACCAAAACCAGACGUCACUUUGAAUCCAAGCGCAGAGGCUCACAAAAUGGCUGCCAUCGUGUGUGUGGUGGAAGAACCAGAGAGAAAUGUGAGAGCGGGAAUCUCAGGGGUUCAGAGACAAAAUAGUGAGAAAAGUGAUGGAGGUCAGGAUCAAAAUGGUGCAACAGUGGAAGAUGCGGCACGAGAAAAACGAGAAGAAUCUGUCCGAGUCGAAGGGAAACCAGCGGAAAACGUUGGAAUGGUUCGACAGAAUAGAGAGAAUAAAACAAGAAAUCUGCGUCUGUUUGGUGCAACCGUGGCGACUUCCGGAGAAGGCGUUAGCAGCAAUGUGGACCAAACCUCACAGAGAGAGAGAGCGAACAGGGACAGAGGCGCCACAGCUGCACAGACUGAGGCGGCGGGCAGCAGGUGGGCACGCCACUGCAGGGCGGUCUCUCUGAACCGCGCUCUGUUUGAAGGCGUGGCUGCAGGAGUAGAGCGUUUGGGGCUGUGGGAGGGAGUGGGGGGAGGAGGGGGGAGGGGAGGACUGUUCCAGGACGACCCGCUACUGAGGGAGAACUCUGAGCGCAUCCUCAACAAGGUGCAGACAUUAGCGCGCAUGUACAGCGCCAAGGCCGAGGAGGAGCACCGGCGGAGCGCCAAGCAGUCCAGGACCAGGACCAGAAAUGACACCAGGACUGAGACCAGGAAUGACUCCAGGACUGAGACCAGGACUGAGACCAGAGAGACCAGAGCUGAGACAAGAGCUGAGUCCAGAGAGACCAGCGGCGUCCACGGUCCAGCUGCUGUCUCUGGUCAUGUGACUGACUGCACCAAAAGCAUCGCUCUGUCCUCGUCUCCCGGCUCCAUCAGCAAGGACCUCCCAGAAACCGGUCUUUUCCAGGGCCUCUCUGUGGACCCCCAGAACCUGGACCUCUCUGUGGAACCCCAGGACCUCUCUUUGGACCACACCUGCCCCCAUGGCUUCUCUGUGGAACCACAGGACCAGGGCCUCCCUGUGGGCCCCCAAGACCAAGACCUCUCUGAGGGCCCCCAGAGCAGGUCGGAGCAAAGCCUGUCUGUUAUUGCCUCAGGCUCUGCCAUCAAUCUGUACAACUUUACUGUGGAACCAGCAGCAGGAGCCAAAAGCAAGGCACGACACAGCCAGGAGCCAGACAGGGGCCCGCAGUUCCCAGCAGAGCCGUGGUCCACAAACCUGUCCCAGAACCAGGCUCUGCAGCUGGGGUCACAGGCCACACACAUACCCUCUCAGGACGGAGCUGGAGAACACAUAAACUCACAUUUAGACGCCACCGGGGCAUCUGGGGCAUCUUGUCUUAGUCAACACCAUGAGGGAAGUGUUGGGGCAGAGUUGGAGGUUCAAUUCUUGCAGGAGGAAGUGGAAAACGCUCCCAAAAGCAGUGACAGAAACACAGGUCUGAACAGCCAGAUCCCUGUCGCCACUCAUCCAGAGAUCAGCCCAGACCAAGCCCAGAAUCAUGACUUUUCUCUGGGAAGCAAACGCACGGACGCCCUUCUGAGUCAUGGAGGUCCAGCCAGUCUUCGGCAAAUGUGCACCCAGAAGCAAGCCCCUCUGCCUGGAUGUGAAAGCGCAGACUCAGCCUCUUCCACAGGGACCUGGAUCCCCACGGGACAGUCCUACUCUAACCCCACCCCACACAGGGAGCAAAAGCUGUGGUCCAGGCCCGGUAUGGAGUCACCUGCUCUGGCCGCUUUGCUCCCGAGUCCAGCCCUGAGCUCCAGCUGUGCCUCCCAAUCUGGUCCAUCUGAACACUCUGCGGUCACACACCCGAAAGCAGCUCUCUGUGAUGAGUCCAGGUCCAAGCAGCAUCAACACCAGUAUUUCCAAGAUCCCAGAACUCAAAAUCUGGCAAUAAAACCAGACCCCUUCACUGCAGUCCAUCCCAAUCGGUCUGAAGGCUCUCUCCAGGAUCCUCAGCCGUCCUCCAAAUCCACGUCUGUGUUCACACGCUCGCUAGCUGCCUCCUGCAUUAGCCAGUCCAUCAGCCAAUCCAUGUCCAGGAAGUCUCUGGACAAACCUAGCACUGCGCCUUCACCGCAGCACACGGAAGAACCUCCCCAGCUUCCCAAGUCCUUCCUGUGGUCAGAUCAGUCGUUAGCAAACCACCGAAACACCCAGACACUUGCUAACGCUAACAGCAACAACAACUGUUCUACUUCCCCUAGCCCUCAAGGAGCUAAUGGUUGUAACAGAUACAACAACUACUCUUCUUACGCUAGCCCCCAGGGAGCUAAUGUCGCUAACAGUUACAACAACUAUUCUUAUGCUAGCCGUCAAGAAGCAAAUACCGCUAACAGCUACAACAACUGUUCUACUUACGCUAGUCUCCAAGGAGCAAACGGCACUAACAGCUCAUAUAACCGCAUGGCACGACCGUUCUGUGCCUCGGAGCCGAGUUCCAGAGCGCCAUCGCCCGUCCAGCAGCCACACGGCUACAAGUCUCCGCUAGCAAACAAGCCGCCACCCGCACGCCGCUCAAGCAGCUCCCACAAUGCCCUGGGGCUGGAUAGGCCUGUGAACUCGGUGUCCAGUAUGAGUCCGCGCCUCGUGUCUCCGCUUCCCAUUGGCGUUUCGGGGAGCGCUUGGGGACAGGACGUUGCCAUGCCACAGCCACAUGCCCCAAGGAACAGCGGCUCUAUGUGGAGCUCGCAGUGUCCCUCACCCACAGGUCACGGUGGGUCUCUGCAGCGCUCGCUCUCCUUCGACAGAACACAGAGUCCGGUGCAGAGCAACCCCAGCGCAGCAAGGCGCUCCUGGGCUCAGAGCGGCAGGAGGUCCCUCACUCUCACCGCACCCACCGACCAAUCAGAGCACAGCUUACACAAGAGCUGCCGUUACUCCCCCGCUCUCUCCUGCCUCACCCCUCUGUCCCCCCCCUCGCCCUGUUACUCCCCCACACUUUCUUGCCUCUCUCCCCCCUCGCCCUGUUAUUCCCCCGUUCUCUCUUGCCUCACCCCCCGGUCUCCCCCCUCGCCCUGCCCUGGACGGAGCUCUUUCUCUGGGCUAGACUUCAGUGGCGUCCCCCUCUCUGACGAGCUCUCACAGAGCCUCAGUCUCCACUCUCCAGUGCCAAGCGCCUGGGACCCGCCCUCCCCCGCGUACCGUAGCGGCCUCAUCUGUGCUUACGUCGCCCCACACUCCUGCCCCUCCCCCGCUGGCCUCUCCCACACAAGCCCUUCCCCCACGCCCUGCCCUGUCCGAGCGACCAAUCAGAAGACCAGCUACGCCACCACAGUGAACCUGCAGAUCGCGGGCGGCGGCAGGAUCCAGGCGUUUAGCACAGUUAGCAUGACGCUACAACACAAGCAGCAGCAGUGA